AUGAAGCUGGUAGUAGAAGUGGUAGAUGCUCGUGAUCUUAUGCCCAAAGACGGUGAAGGGUCUGCUAGUCCAUUUGUAGAAGUUGAUUUUGUAAACAAGCUUAGCCGAACCAAAACUGUUUUAAAGAACCUCAACCCCAUUUGGAACCACAAACUUUUCUUUGAUAUCGACCAAACACGAAACUUCCAUCACCAAACCAUUGAAGCCUCUGUCUACCAUGAGAGGAGAUCACCUACUCCUGGCCGAAACUUCCUUGGAAGAGUAAGAAUUCCUUGCUCAAAUAUUGUCACGAAAAGUGAGAAAGCUUAUCAAAGAUUCCAGUUAGAAAAAAAGUGGUUUUUCUUAUCCGUCAAGGGUGAGAUUGGUUUAAAAGUAUAUACUUCACUAGAACCUGGACCAAAAUCUCCUCCAUAUUCUCCACCACAACUACUAGAAGACUCUCCUUCUAAUUCUCAACAACCACCAGAACACCCAACUUCUAGUCCCUCUGUUCCUCCAAAUACAGAAAGCACUAGAACUAAUAGCAAAGUAUUGGCUACUAUUCCCAAAGAAAAAGUCCCUGUAGUAGAUAACACUACAGUUAUCACAGCAGAAUUCAACAAAAAAGUUGCUGCGGUUGCUUUGAUUGAAACAAAUUCUUCUGCUGCAGCAGCCGGGUCUAGCAUUAGUGAUCCUGCACAAGAUCCAAAGGAGGAGAUAAAAGAGCCAGUUGAAGUAAAAGCUGAAACAGCGCAUCACAUACACAAGCAUCAAGUUCUGCAGCAACCAGGCAAAUCAGUAGAAAUACAACAUCAAGGUUUCCCAUUAACCAUGCGGCCAGCUCAACCGGAAGCCCAUCAUAACCACCAAGAUGACUAUGAACUGAAAGACACCAACCCACAGCUCGGUGAGAGAUGGCCAAAUGGUGGAGCACAUGGGGGAAGAGGAUGGAUGAGUGGUGAGAGAUUUACAAGCACUUAUGACCUUGUUGAACAAAUGUUUUAUCUUUUUGUUCGCGUUGUGAAAGCCAAAGAACUCCCUCCCAGCUCCAUUACCGGAAGCUGUGAUCCUUACGUGGAAGUAAAGCUGGGAAACUAUAAGGGAAGAACAAGGCAUUUUGAGAGGAAAAUGAAUCCAGAGUGGAACCAGGUGUUUGCUUUCUCAAAAGAUCGAAUUCAAUCAUCAGUGGUAGAAGUUUUUGUCAAAGAUAAGGAGAUGAUUGGAAGAGAUGAUUAUCUUGGAAGGGUGGUUUUUGACUUGAAUGAGGUUCCAACCAGAGUUCCACCUGACAGCCAACUGGCUCCUCAGUGGUACAGACUAGAGCACCGCCGCGGAGAAGGGAAGGUAAGGGGUGAGAUCAUGCUUGCAGUUUGGAUGGGAACACAGGCUGAUGAAGCCUUUCCAGAUGCAUGGCAUUCAGAUGCUGCAGCUGUCUAUGGUGAGGGUGUUUUUAAUAUCAGAUCAAAGGUAUAUGUAUCACCAAAACUAUGGUACCUGAGGGUGAAUGUGAUUGAAGCUCAGGAUGUGCUGCCCAAUGACAGAAGCCGCCUCCCAGAAGUCUUUGUCAAAGCUCAAGUUGGAAACCAAAUGCUCAGGACCAAGAUAUGCCCAAGUCGGACUGCUAAUCCAUUAUGGAAUGAAGAUUUAGUCUUUGUGGCAGCUGAGCCUUUUGAGGAGCAACUGGUUAUUACAGUCGAGGAUCGAGUCCACCCUUCGAAAGAUGAGGUGUUGGGGAAAAUAAGCAUGCCAAUUGACAUGUUUGAGAAGCGGCUUGACCACAGGCCAGUUCAUUCUCGCUGGUUCAAUCUUGAGAAGUAUGGUUUUGGUAUCUUGGAGCCUGAUAGGAGGAAGGAGCUCAAGUUUUCUAGUAGAAUUCACCUGAGAGUUUGUCUUGAAGGUGGAUACCAUGUACUAGAUGAAUCAACCAUGUAUAUAAGUGAUCAAAGGCCAACAGCAAGGCAGCUUUGGAAGCAGCCUGUUGGGAUUUUGGAAGUGGGCAUUCUAAGUGCACAAGGGCUUCUUCCAAUGAAGAUGAAGGAUGGCCGAGGGAGCACAGAUGCUUAUUGUGUAGCCAAGUACGGCCAGAAAUGGGUUCGCACCAGAACAAUUCUUGACACAUUCAAUCCUAAAUGGAAUGAGCAGUACACAUGGGAAGUUUACGACCCCUGCACCGUGAUAACAUUGGGAGUUUUCGAUAACUGCAACCUAGGUGGAGGUGAGAAACAAACACCUGCUGCAGGCAAUGCAACAAGAGAUUCACGAAUUGGGAAGGUACGUAUUCGACUAUCAACACUUGAAGCUCAUCGGAUGUACACACAUUCGUACCCACUCCUAGUUCUACAGCCUAAUGGAGUGAAGAAAAUGGGAGAGCUCCAACUAGCAGUUCGAUUCACCACCCUCUCUAUUGCUAACAUGAUAUAUGUUUAUGGGCACCCCUUGCUGCCAAAAAUGCAUUACUUGCAUCCUUUCACAGUGAACCAAGUCGAUAAUCUACGAUACCAAGCCAUGAAUAUUGUAGCAGUGAGACUUGGCAGAGCUGAGCCACCUCUUAGGAAAGAAGUGGUGGAGUACAUGUUAGAUGUUGAUUCUCACAUGUGGAGCAUGAGAAGAAGCAAAGCUAACUUCUUUCGAAUUAUGUCACUACUUUCUGCCAUGUUUUCUAUGAGCCGGUGGCUUGGUGAUGUAUGCAAUUGGAAGAACGGGGUCACCACAGUUCUUGUCCACAUUCUCUUUCUGAUAUUGAUUUGCUACCCGGAGUUGAUACUUCCAACUCUUUUCGUCUACAUGUUCCUCAUUGGAAUGUGGAACUACAGGUUCAGGCCUAGACAUCCUCCUCACAUGGAUACCAAGCUUUCAUGGGCAGAGUCAGUUCACCCGGAUGAGCUUGAUGAAGAGUUUGACACAUUUCCGAGCUCUAGACCCCACGAUAUAGUUCGAAUGAGGUACGACAGGAUCAGAAGUGUAGCAGGAAGGAUACAGACAGUUGUAGGUGACAUAGCAACACAAGGGGAGAGAUUUCAGUCUCUACUGAGCUGGAGAGACCCAAGAGCAACCAGCCUUUUCAUACUGUUUUGCCUUUGUGCAUCUGUGGUUCUUUAUGUGGCCCCGUUUAGAGUGGUUGCUUUAGUUGCAGGGCUGUAUUACUUGAGGCACCCCAGGUUCCGAAGCAAACUGCCUUCUGUACCCAGCAAUUUCUUCAGGAGAUUGCCCGCUCAGACCGACAGCUUACUCUGA